AUGACAACAGCCGAAUAUCCAGAUGCAGCUGUGGACAGUGGCGCAAUGGUGUGCCCGGCCAUGCAUGGCAGGGCCGAAGAAGUAACGGCAUUUGUGGUUGUCGUCGAGCAGGGCAAGUCGGUUGAGGAAGGCGUCAUCGUAUCGUUCGGCAGCAAUUCGUCAAUGAAGCAGCUGCGCCAGUCUGUUGCUGCAAAGCUCAAGAUUGCCGACGCCGAUGGAAUCACGCUUCUCAGCAGCCAGGAGGGCAGCGAGGCCGCCUAUGUGCAGACCGCAUCUGUGCGUCGCGCAAUCCCCUACAUAAAGGGCUACCCGGUGGUUGGGAUCGUGCCCAUGAUUAUCCGUGACACGCGCGAGUGCCUAUCUGCGCCUUUCUAUGUCUUCUCUACACACGUGGUGGCCACCCGCGAUCCGGCGUAUUUCUACAAGAAGGUCCAGUUCCCGUUCUCCGAGGUUCGCCAGGUGGGCGGCACCGGCUUGUUUACCACUGGCACACCGACUGCUUAUGCCGCGUUCUCGGUCAGCGCAAUGAAGAUUUACAACGAGGAGAUGGUGCAGGUUGCGCUCGACCACCAACAAUCUCGGUGUCGCAGUAUGCAGCCAACGAGCCUAUUGACGUUCAUGACGCUUGCAACCAACAUUACCUUCCAGACCAUCGGAAAGGUCGGUUUCGGCUACGAUUUCAAGUUGCUGGAGAGCAAGGAUGCACCUAUGAGCCCAUUCCUGAUCGGCAUGAACUACUGUCUGGGCCAGGUCAAGACGCGUAUAACUCGCACGGCAUACUGGAAGCACCUGCCACUUGCCUCCAACUACCGCUUCGACGCUGAGAUGCAGGGCAUGAAGGACACAGUGCGCCAGGUGAUUGAGGAGCGCCGAAAGUCGCUGGAUGCGACCAACAUGAAAAAGGACCUGCUCGGCUUUAUGCUCAAUGCCGCGCCCCAGAUGAGAAUGGCAACCUGCGAAACAUCGGCCAACACGCUUGGCUGGUGCCUGUAUUUGCUCGACAAGCACCCGAAAGUCCAGGACGCGGUGCUGCAGGAGAUUGUUGACCUUGGGAUCAAGCCCGGUGUUCGUCCCGAGGCAAAGCAGCUGAACAGGCUAAAGUACCUGACGCAGGUAAUCAAGGAGACUCUGCGUCUUUUCCCUCCUGUCAACAACAUCGACAAGUACUGCGAGCAGGACUGUGUCCUUCCGGGUGGGCACCUAAUCGAGGCUGGGACCAUCAUUCGGCUGCACGCGUGGAGUAUCCACAGAAACCACCGGAUAUAUCGCGAUGCAGACAAGUUCGAUCCGGACCGUUUCAACGAACAGAAUAUCAAGGACAUCCCGUCUGGUGCUUGGAUCCCGUUCUCGUCGGGCCAGCGGGCCUGCAUUGGCCAGUCGCUUGCGCUGAUGGAGCUUCGUGCUGUGCUGGCCAUAGUGCUGUGCAAGUACAAAUUCAGCACCGUUGGCAACAAGACAAUCGAUUACGACCCCAGUGCUAUCACUACUCGUCCGCUGGACCUGUUCAUGACUGUCGCCCAGCGCACCGAGUACCCCGAACCCCGCACCGACACGUCGGCUGAGCUAGCAGUCGGUCUUGAUGCUUCGUCGCUGGACGUUGGCAAGCUUUCAGCUGCUGCAAUCGCGGGUGGUGAUUUGCCCAAUGUCACUGUCGCGUUCGGAUCCAACAUGGGCGCCAGCGAGGAUUACGCAGUGCAGAUGACUGAGCAGCUGCAAAAGAUGGGCUUCCCUCAGGUGACAUUGACGACUCUGGACGAUUGGGAUGUUGCCGCCGCUGCACCACUCCGCACUGACGUUCUGGAUGGCGUCGACUACCUGGUGUUUGGCACGGGAAACUCGAUGUGGCGCACGUUCCAAAAUUUUGGCGACUCCAACGAGGAUCUUGAGGAGGACUACAUGCAGUGGUCAUUGCGUACAUGUGCUAUGCUUGCUGCCAAGUACAGGUCCAGUAGCGAGGGCUAUGCGGAAGCAGUUGCUGUGCCCAAGUCGCUGCCGUUCAAUAUUACCUUGGUUGACAGCACUGCCGCGGCUCCAUUCAGAAUCGCUUCAGAAAAUGCCACCAUCAAAGCCAACCAGGAGCUGCAGGAUUCCUCGGGCAUUCAGUACCAGACCGGCGACCAUCUCAACGUGUACCCAGUCAACAAGCCCGGUGUGGUGCGUGAGGUCUCAGCAGUCCUGGAUGUGGACCUGGCAUCAGUUGUUGAGCUGGAGCAGACAUCGGAUUCCUCGCGGUUCAGUCGCUCAGCUGCCGCUGCCAUGCAAAGGGCACCGUGCUCGGUGUCUGACGCACUCCAGUACGUGUGUGACUGGAAGGAGGCGCCCUCGCGCGAGCUGGUUGUUGCUCUGGGUGAGGUUGCUGGCGACGAUCCUGCAUACGAUGUCCUGCGCAAGGCCGCUGACGACGUCAACACGCUGGGCAAGCAGUCGCCUGGCUGGAGCGGGUUCAUUUCGCAGACUCGCACAGUUCCGUUCGGGUCGAUUCUGCACUUUGUGUCGGCCAUGACUCCUCGUCGCUACUCGAUCGCCAGCUGCCAGCCCGUAGUUGGAAACGAAGUACAUCUUUCGGUUGCAAUCGUCGAUGACAUCGUCAAUGGUCGCUCGUAUAGCGGCCUGGCAACGGAGUACCUUGCAUUGCUGGAGCCUGGUUCCCGUGUUUCGGUUUCUCAUCGUCCUGCCCAAGCAGAUUUCCACCUGCCGUCCCCACCGGGUGUCCCAGUCCUGUUCGUCGGUGCCGGCACUGGAGUCGCGCCGUUCCGCGGCUUCCUGCAAGAGAUGAAGCAGGCAGGUACUGGCGAUGCCACGCUAUACUUUGGCUGCCGCAGCCCAGAGUACGACUACCUCUACAAGGACGAGCUCGAGCAAUACAUGCAGAGCGGCACACUGGCCAAGCUGCAGCCUGCGUUUUCGCGUGUUGGUAGUGAGCGCAAGUAUGUGCAGCACCACAUUUCUGCCGAUGGUGCUAAGAUCUGGGAUCUGCUGGACAGUCAGAAGGCGCAUGUUUAUGUGUGCGGCUCUGCAAGCAAGCUAGCCAAGGAUGUUGUCAACACCAUGCUUGACAUAUUCCAGACCCAUGGCCACCUCUCGUCCGACGAUGCGAGCAAGUAUCUUGCUGACCUGGUCGCAGCUGGUCGGUACGUGGAGGACGUGUGGUAAAGGCUUG